AUGAAGACCGCCUCCCUCUUCUUCGCCGCCUCAAUGGCCGUCGCCGUCGCCGCAAAGAGUCUGUCGGAUGUGCUGCCGAAGUGCGCCGUAGAUUGCGCCGAGACGGCCCUCAAGGGGGCCAGAUGCGCCCUUGACGACACACCCUGCCUCUGUGCAGACCAGACCACCUAUCAGACCCUCCUCCAGCCAGCGGUCGAGUGCAUGGUCAAGGCAUGCGGCCAACAGGAGACAAUCACCAAGAUUGCCCCUGCUGUGGUUCAGUUCUGCGCCGCCGCGAACCCCAAGCUCCCGUCUCCCUCUUCUCCCGCCCCGGCCGCGACAAAGACGAUCCACACGCCUUCAAUCAAGGCCUCGUCUGCUUCGGCUUCUCCUGCGGGUUCCGAGACUGCGUCCGAGGCGUCCGAGACUACGGCUCCCCAGAAGAAGUGGACGUCUGAUCAGCCAUCUGAAGUCCCCGAGGCGACGGCCAGUGAAAGCGCGACUGCUGCUGCGUCUGAGCAGCCUUCUUCGACCACAGGCACCGCGGCGGCGUCCAGCGGUGCGGCUGCUGGAGCUGCAGGGCCCAUGGUGACCGCCGCACUGCUCGUCGCCGGCGCCGUUGCCAUGCUGUAA